AUGACAAUCAACGAUUUUAUUGCCGGAUGGUUAGCAGGUGGUGCCGGGAUUUUUCUUGGAUAUCCAUUGGAUAUGGUGAAAACUCGUUUACAAGUUGAUGGGCAACAAUAUCGAGGAAUUCUACAUUGCUUUGGAGAUGCUCUGAAGAAAGAAGGGAUAAAAGGAAUCUAUAAAGGAGUCACUGCACCGUGUCUUUUUGCUGGUUUACAACAUUCACUCAUGUUUACUGGCUAUGCAACAACCCUACAUUUGAUGCAUCCCGGUGAGGCGAAUGUUGACGCGAGAAAAGAUUUGCCUAUUUUGGAAAUAAUGAUCGCCUCUGUGAUCGGUUCAAUGGUCCAAUUGGGUCCGUCGAUUCCGGUGGAAGUUGUUAAAACAAAGCUACAGUUCCAAUCUGAAAUCUACACAUCGAAUUCCGCUCGAUACCAAGGCCCCUUCGAUUGUGCGAGGAAACUUUUGAAAACGAAAGGAAUCCGAGAAUUGUAUAAGGGCGGAAAUGUGAUGGCUUUUCGCGACUGUUUCGGCAAUCUUUUCUACUUGCCUGUUUACGAGAGUUUGCAUAAAAUUUUGCGAGAUCGAGGAAGCAAUACAACGACUGCACAGUUAAUUUCUGGUGGUUGUGCUGGAUCGAUCAGCUGGCUGAGUAUUUGCCCGUUGGAAGUGGUCAAAAGUCGAAUGCAAACAGCUGAAACAAAAGUAUCGGCUGUGCAAGUGACGAAAGAAAUCUGGGAAAAAGAUGGUUUUCGAGCAUUUUACAGAGGCGGUCUUUCAAUGGUUUUGCGUGGGUUCCCCGCAAAUGCGGUAAUCUUCCUCGUUUAUGAGCAAACAUUGAUGUUAUUAGAAAAAAAUCGAAAAGAGAAA